AUGGUUUCGGGGGAUGGUUCGGCGUCCAGCGUGAACCAGCCGACGCCUACCUAUUCCACACAGCCGGGCUCGUCCUCCGAGACGGGGGAUAAUGUAAUUCCUCCUUCUCCAGGAGAAGGGCCGUCCCAUCAAGGGUCUGUUGUGCGAAAUGAAAGCUUGGAAUCGUCAAUGCGAUUUCGCAUUGUACGGCUCGAGCUGGACAAUAGCCCCUAUUUGCUGGAUAAGGCAAGGGGAGACUAUUGGGCUCAAAUAAGACAUGAGCUAGAUCAUGUUUCCUCUCAGAGGGAUUCUAACUCCCUUCUUGAGUUUGAAAACCGGGAUCUCCGGAUCCGGGAGCAGAAACAUGAGUGUUUCCGUCUUUUUAAUAGGGUGCUUUCUGAGCACCCUUACUUGGCCGGCCAGGCCCCCUACAAACCUAACGAAGUCUUUGACGACUUCUUGGACGAACGGCGGGAACUGCUGGACAAACAGGCGAAAGAGCCAGUGGUGGAAAAGGACAAGAAAGAAAUAGCUUUCUUGGAAGGACUUCGUAUGGACCUUCAGAAUAAUGGUCCCAAUACUAUCCUCCCCAUCUUUAAUCCCACGUCAACCUCAAAUCGUUAA